AUGUCCACCGAACCAAGAUCACCGAGGUCGCAGUCUGCAAUGACUGGGAAGACAGUUGCAGCUGCUUCAGGAAGCAGCAGCCUCUUCUUUGGGGAGUCGAAUUUUCUCACCCUUGUGCCAUCAAAACGUCCAACUACUGAGGAACCUCAGAAUGGGAGAAUGUCUUUCUCUAUCAAAGCUGGCUCGACGCCUCAGUCACACAACGACGCUUCUCCCUCAACGAAUGUCAUCCACCUCAGCCAGGGUACCGAGAGAUAUCUGAGGGAAGAAGGUGCACUCACGUUCCCAAGUCUGCAGACAUGUCUACCUGUGGUACAGGCCUACUUCAAAUGGUUUCACCCAUGCUUCCCGUUACUGGACCGCCCAAGCAUAGCCAGAAAAUUGGUUUCUAUGGAGAUCUCACCGCUGCUUUUCCAGGCUAUGCUCUUCAUUGGUGCCACGUACUGUAGCGAGGAAGCGAUAGUCUCCAUGGGAUUUAGGGAUCGUUCAGAGGCCAAAUCAUUGCUAUACACCCGCGCACGUUUGCUCUUCCAUGCAGAUUGGGAGAAGGACCAGAUCACACUCAUUCAGAGCCUCUUCUUCAUGAGCUUCUGGCGUGGGGAGUCAUCGGAUGUAAGGGAUGUGAGAUACUGGCUUGGCGCAGCGAUAACUUUGUCCGAGACUUGUGGCCUGCACCGCUCGACAAAGCUCACCACUCGUGACCCGCAAAUAGCCAGGAUUCGCAAAAGAACGUGGUGGUCGAUUUAUACGCGCGAGAGACAAUCGGCUGCAUCACUAGGUCUACCCAUGAGGAUUCGGGACCAAGACUGCGAUAUCGAGCUCCUGACGACAGAGGACCUGGAAAACGACGCCGAUGAUAGUCCACUCACGGCUCUCGGCUCGCCUACAGCGGAGCACCUGGUUUAUCCUAUCAAGAUGGUCGACCUGGCCAGACUUCUUGGUCACAUCAUAGACACCCACUUCAUACCUGGAAAAACACCAACUGCCCAGGAAGAGAUCAUGCACCUGCAGUCUUCGCUUGAAGGAUGGAAAGACAGCUUGCCAACCAGCUUGCAGAGGAUAUCAGACGAAGACAGUCCAUCAGUAUGGAUGUGUCUGCUGCAUCUUGCCUACAACCACCUUAGGAUAUUGAUCUACCGAAGCGGCUUCUUGCGCAAAAAUGAGAACGACACCAAAAUAGCACUCGGUGCAGCAAACCAGAUAAGCCGGAUCGCAGAAGAUAUGUUGGAAAGGAAGACUCUUCAGGUAGGUCAACUCCUCUCCAAGAACUUCGUCGCUGAAAAAUUUCUACAGUACGGUCAAAUGCACUUGAUAACUAGCCUCUUUGCCGCGUUAUGUAUUCAUGCCAUCAACCUAAAGACUGCAGACGGAAUUGGAAGGAGACUGGCAGAGAACAGGGCACAGAUCUGCCUCCUGGGGCUGAAAGAAGUUCAAAAGUUUUGGCGCAUUAACAACACAGUGCUUGAUCUGUUCCUACAAUACCUUGAUGAAUCUAUUGCAAAGCGACUAAGAGGCGAUGGCGACACCAGCCGGGACGAAGGAGCCUCGGCAGUUGUGUCCAGAGAGGGAAGCAGUGCAGGCAUGAUGACGAACACCGAUCCACCGGCCCAGGAAAUACCGACCGGAAUACCCGAUACGAAUACAUUUGAGGAUCAUUACUUUAACCUCCUGCAGACGAAUUGGGAGGGGGACAACGCCAUCGACGAUCUCGGCUUCAUACUAGGCACGUCGAUGCAGACUCAGUCUCCAGGGGCACCGAUGCAGGUAAACGGGCUGAAUUUCCUGGAAAGGUGGUUGUGA